CUGAAAAUUUGAACUUUUGAAACACACUACUUAUGCCAAAAUACCUUUUGAGAGGCUAGAAUUUGAAUUAUAACCUCAAAUUUUGGACUUUUGGAUCUAAUCACUAAAGAUGGUCUAAGAAAGAUGGAUCUUCCCCAGUUCAAGUUGGGCUAGAAUCGCUGAGCCUUCAGCCUGCAACUAUAACAGAAAGUUCCAGCCCAACCCACAUCAUACAGAAAAGACCAUUUCCCGCGGCGAGAGCCAUCCCACAGUUAGUCGAAGAUAAGAUGGAGCAAAAUGGCAUCAGGAUAAGGGAAAACAUCAAACGCUUUCAACAACCCAACUGUCCCUCGCAGCGAUUCAACGGCUAAGGAAGGGGCGCGCAUUCAAGGCGGGGAGGUGUGAGAUUCUGCUGCGGCCGAAUGAAAACAACAUUGUAACCGAAACCAUAAACAGUGUCCGCGUUGAUGACGUGUCUCAACCUGGUCUCCCCUGCCUCGAGUCGCUAUCAUCAACUCGGUGGCGUGGCCUCAUUGUUGCCCCUUCCCAUUUCCAGUCGUUCCUUCUGCAUUCGAGAAUCUUCUGCAGUCGUGCUCUCUCGCUCUCUGUCUACUUCUUCUCCAUCGUGGGCGAGGAGAGACGAUAAUAGUGCAAGGGUUUUCCGGAGGAGAUUGAGUGUCACGUCUGCAUCAAUGGCCGGUUUGCCACCCAAGCCCACCGUCCUCGUCACUGGAGCUGGUGGCAGAACUGGUUCGAUUGUUUACAAGAAACUGAAAGAGAGGUCAGACCAGUUCACUGCAAAGGGUUUGGUCCGGACUCCAGAGAGCAAGGACAAAAUCGGGGGAGCUGAGGAUGUUUAUGUCGGGGACAUAAGGGAUGCUGACAGCAUUGCUCCGACCAUCCAAGGAGUCGAUGCGCUCAUUAUUCUGACCAGUGCUGUGCCAAAGAUGAAACCCGGGUUUGAUCCGUCCAAAGGCGAAAGGCCUGAGUUCUACUACGAAGAAGGUUGCUUUCCUGAACAGGUUGACUGGAUUGGACAGAAGAAUCAAAUUGAUGCAGCCAAGGCUGCUGGAGUGAAGCACGUUGUGUUGGUUGGCUCUAUGGGGGGAACAAACUUAAGUAACCCAUUAAACAGCUUGGGCAAUGGCAACAUAUUGGUGUGGAAGCGAAAGGCUGAGCAGUAUCUGUCUGAUUCUGGUCUCCCUUACACAAUUAUAAGGGCUGGAGGACUGCAAGACAAAGAAGGAGGAAUCCGUGAGCUGCUGGUGGGGAAGGAUGAUGAGCUUCUUCAGACCGAGACAAGGACCAUUGCAAGACCUGAUGUUGCUGAAGUCUGCCUUCAGGCACUCCAGUACGAGGAAUCUAAGUUCAAGGCGUUUGAUCUGGCCUCUAAGCCAGAGGGAACAGGCACCCCGACCACCGACUUCAAGGCUCUCUUCUCCCAGAUCACCACCCGUUUCUGAAGAUAGCCUUGAAAGGAAUACCAUCUUUUCUCUGCGUUUCGUUACGUAAAUGAACUGCUUGUGGCGGCCAUGAAUUUGUAAGGCUUGUUCUCUAGUUGACUUUGCUUAAAGAAGAGGGAGACUUGAGUGAGACGAGGAGUAAUGUGGUUUGGAUGCUGUGACAAUUUGGUUUAUGGGAUCUGCAAUGCUGAGUUUUGACUGUUGAAAACGACGCCGUUUGAAAAACACACGC